AUGUCGUUUUUUGAAAAAAGAUGUGAAUUUUGUCGUAUGAUGAAAAAAACCGAUGAAUUUUUAAAAUUAACUAAUGAAUGUGUGCAUAACAAUACAGUGUGUCUCGACUGUGCUAAUGCCAAAUUAUUACAAUUGGAUUAUUGUGCAGAUUUCAUUUGUUUUAUAUCUGGCUGUGGAAAGAAAAUGACUCUUGCUAAUAUUUUGGAAAUUACCAAAACGAAAUCUUUCUCUGAUCCCACAAGAUAUGAUAAACUCUAUUUCAAUCGUGCAGCAGCUGAAACCGAAGGCUUUCAAUGGUGCAGAAAUGAUAUAUACCCACAAAUGGAAUGUACAAGCUGCAAAAGAAUGACUUGUUGCAAACAUAAGAUUCCAUGGCAUUAUGGACAAAAGUGCGAUCAAUAUGAUAAAAAUAGAUAUUGUUCUGGAUGUGGUUUUCCUUUCCAACCAACUAAUGAUGGCAAUACUUGUAAUAUUGUUAACUGUCCUUUUAAUGGAUGUAAUCAAAUUAUUUGUAGA